GCUCAGCUGAGAUUUUUCCUCCACCGCUGACCUUCCUGGACAUCACCUUCAUCCCCAGCAUGUGACAGCCAGCUCCAUCUGCAGGGAGGAUGGUGUGACACACACCCACACACAAACACACUCUCAUCUUCGUUUGUGAAGAUCACCCCCCCGCCGAGGUCCACAGGUGUUCAGGCAGCAACAACAGAGUCUCAUCAAACCAAGAUGGCCGACGUCCUGCAGCGACUCAGCACUGUGACCCUGAGCGUGAAGCACCUCAGUCGCCUCCCUCCUCUCACGGACCUCGUCCCCUCGUCCCUGCCGGCGCCCGGCCGGACUGUCGCCGCCUCGCAGGUCCCCAGCCUCUUCCGGGAGCCCUACAUCCUGUCGGGCUACCGGCCCGUCAGGCAGGACUGGCGCUGCUACGUCCUCAGCCUCUUCCAGCGGCACAACGAGUCCCUCAACGUGUGGACCCACCUGCUGGCGGCGCCCGUCCUGCUGCUCCGCUGGUGGGCCAACGUGGGCGCCCUGGGGUACACCUUGGACGCCGCCUCUCUGCCCCUGAGCCUCUUCUUGCUGUCGUCCUUCACCUACCUCUGCCUGAGUGUGACGGCACACCUGCUGCAGUCUCACUCCGAACGUGCGCACUACUUCUUCUUCUUCCUGGACUACGUUGGCGUCGCUCAGUACCAGUACGGCUGCUCUCUCGGCCAUUAUUUCUACACGUCGGAGGCGGCGUGGAGGGAGAGCGUGGGGCUGCUGUUUCUACCCGGCGCCGCCUUCUUCGGGUGGCUGUCCUGCGCCGGCUGCUGUUUCGCCAAGUCCAGGUACCGCCGGCCUUACCCACCGCGGCGCAAAAUCUGCCAGCUGAUCCCCACCAGCCUGGCGUACCUGCUGGACAUCAGCCCCGUCGCCCACCGCCUGCUCACCGCCUCCUGGGCGGACGAGCCCUCGCUGCCCUUCCACGCCCUGCAGGUGGCGUGCUUCCUGCUGGCGGCGCUCUUCUUCUCCUGCCCCAUCCCCGAGCGCUUCUUCCCGGGCCGCUGCGACUUCGUGGGCCAGGGCCACCAGAUCUUCCACCUGUUCCUGUCCCUGUGCACUGCGUUCCAGCUGGAGGCGCUGUUCAGGGACUACGCCAGGCGCAGGGACGCCGUGCUGGAGGUGUUUGGAGAGCGGCAGCUGUGGUGGGCCUGCGUUUCCUUCCCGAUACUCUUCGUAUGCUGCAUCCUGACCGCUUCGUUCACCAUGAGGCACGUCGGUAAGAAGCUACAGAGCAGACAGGAGCAAGGCAAGUCUUCAUAAGAGCUGCAGCGCUCCACAAAUUCAGUGUAUUGAAAAGUCACAAUAACUAUAAUAUUAAAAUGAGGCUAAUGUUGUUUUUAAAUUCUGUUUGUAUUAAAAAUAAUAAUUAUGCAAUAAAAUAUUUUG